AUUGGGUCUUCUGAUGUUGGUUGACCUGGGCUGUCUGAAUCUGAGGUUGUGUCAGGUUUUUUUGCCGCCUGCCCCAUUCUUUAGCGUCCCUUCCGGGCUUCCAAAAAACAAAAAUCCCGGUCGGCCCUAACGUCGCCCCUCCCUCCUUCCUUCUUAACUCACCUGGUUGCUCCUCUUUUGCAUUUUUUCUCUUCUUCUCCUCAACAUCACACUCUGCAUCUCAUCGAGACAGCAAAUCUUAACUCAACUCAACCGAGCGCCCCUGAACCCAUCGCGCCAAGCGCAUCUCACUCUCAUACUUGCCUGUUGACUCUUCCGGUCGCAGCGCGCAUCGCCUACCUGACUUCCCCGCCACUCAUACCUGGCUCACGAACUUCGCAUCGUUAAUAGUGUAGUGUUGGCCUUGGAGCACCCUCUUCGCCGGUCUUCGCUUGCUCCCUACGAAAUCGGACCUCCCGAACACAUAUAUCCGCCGAACCACACUGCUGUUUAUGUAUCAGCACGACCAGCUCUCCGUCUUCAGACACCUCUUCAAGCUGCAGUUAUUUCGCAUACCGCGAAAGCCUUGUAGCCCCGACAUCAGUUCCGACGGUUGAACUCUAGAGACACCAUUGUCGUCUAUGCAUCACCACCAGCAUCCGAUCAUACAUCCGGUCUGCCACAUGUCAAUCAAAAAUCAUCAAGAGCACUGAAACCUUCCUUGCUCCGCCCACCCUCAAGUCAUCUUCUGCUACCAAGUCUAUACAUGACAUCCUCGUCAUCUUACGACUCUAUCAACCACUAGCCUCGCUCACCCGCCUUGCUCUGUCAACUCUAUCUUUCAGACAGUAAUUACUCAAUACCGCCACCAUGGCUCUCGUCAACGUUCGUCGCGAUGUCAGCGAUGCUUUCUAUCGUUACAAGAUGGAGCGUCUGCAGACCAAGAUUGAAGGUAAAGGAAAUGGUAUCAAGACCGUCGUCGUCAACCUGAGCAGCGUUGCUGCCUCUCUUGCCCGCCCUGGUUCUUAUGUCAUUAAGUACUUUGGUUUUGAGCUUGGUGCUCAGACCAACAUUGAUCCCAAAGACGACCGUUGGAUCAUCAACGGUGCUCACGAUGCCCCCAAGCUUCAGGAUCACCUCGAUGGGUUCAUCAACAAGUUCGUCCUCUGCAAGAAAUGCAAGAACCCCGAGACCGAUGUUGUCAUCAAGGAUGAUCGUAUCCUGCUUGACUGCAAAGCCUGCGGUCAGCGUACCGAUGUCGACAUCCGCCUGAAGCUCAGUGGCUUUAUCCUCAAGAACCAGCCCAAGAAGGGCAAGAAGGACAAGGCCGAGCGCAGGGCUGCCAAGAAGGCUCGACAGAACGGCAAUGCUGCCAACGGCACCAAUGGUCAGAAUGGUGCUGGCAGUGAUGAGGCAUCUGAGAACGGCUCAAACGAUAACGGCGACGAGGACGUUGGCAGUGACGACGAGUUCCAAAAGGUUGCGGCAGAGGCCGCCGAAGCCGCUCAGGAGAACGAAGUCAAGGAGCAUGAAUGGGCUGUUGACAUGAGCGAGGAAGCCGUCAAGGCCCGUCAGGCCUCUCUCCCCGGCGAGUUCAAGCAGAAGCUCAAUAUUGGCGAUGAUGAUGAUGAAGAAGGCGAGGGUGGCCCCACCAUCUACGAUGAGCUUGGCGACUGGAUUCAGUCCCAGGCCGAGGAGAAGGGCAGCGUUGACAAGGUCGAAUCCAUCGACAUCUAUGUCAAGGCCAAGGAGCUUGGUAUCGAAGGCAAGCAUCGUAGUGUUCUUGUUCUUGUCCAAACCAUCUUCGAUAAGAACAUUGUUGCCCAAAUUCCCAAGCGUGCUAGCAUGCUCAAGCAGUUUGUUACCUCUGAGCGUCACGAGAAGGCUCUUCUCGGUGGAACCGAACGUCUCGUCGGUACUCUGGCCGCCGACCACCCCGAGAUGUUCCAGUCUAUCGUCAAGAUUCUCCAGCUCUACUACCACUAUGACCUGAUCAGCGAGGAGGUCGUGACCAAGUGGGGAUCCAAGGCUAGCAAGAAGUACACUGACAUCUCCACCUCCAAGAAGGUUCGCAAGGCUGCUGAGCCUUUCUUGACCUGGCUUGCCGAGGCUGAUUCGGAGGAGUCUUCUGACGAGGAGUAAAAUCCUGUUUAUGUAGUCUUUCUUCCCGUGUGGUACUUGAUUUGCUUCGUGCCUUGUGUGUUUUGCGGGCAGGCUUCUGUGGUGCAUUGUUGAUGCUCAGAUAGCUUAAUUCUAUUGUUGGUCUUUUACCCGAAACCUGAUGUUUCUGAUGUGCUCUGCCUCUUUGACAGCGCAAGAGACAGUGAAAUGCUUGUGGUUGAUGACUAGUUC